ACGGGAAGCGACAAAAACGAAAAAGCUCUCCAAAUUUUACUUGCUCGGCAUCACUCGACAAUUUGAGUGAUUUUAAAACAAGAAUUUAAUUCAAAAAUUAUCAAGGGAAAUCUUUGAAAAACAGUGCAGAGUUUGUUGGGAAUAUCAGCACAAUAAAUUGAGCUCCGAAUUGAAAGUGAGUUUGGUUUCAACUGUAAUAUCUCCUGCAAAAUGGUUUCCACCAAAGCAGUACAAAAUAAACGCCGCGGAGGAUUUAAUGGCAUACCUGAUAGGCAGCGAUUUAAGCCUGGAGGUGGCCACAAACCACUGAACCCUAGAAACAUGGGGGCCAUGUUUAACGCCAACCAGCUUGGGGACAAUCCAGGUUUUCUGGAUUUCAAUGACGACGUUCAAAUUCCUCCGGCAACAACGACACAAACCAAUGGAAAUAGUGCAACAACAAAAGCAACGCCCGCCACAGGUAAUAUCCCAGCCGCUAGUUCAUCUGCAUCAACGACCUCCGGUUCAGUUAAAGGACCAAUGAGAGGUAACAAUCGAAAGGGAAAUUUGAAUCAGAAGAGACAGCUCAUGAGAAAUGGGAAUAAUAUGCGUCGUAUUCCGCCUGGAAUGAACAAUCACUGGGGCCCACUGGUGCCUCCUGUGCCUCAUAUGUUUCCCAUGGGAGGUGGGCGACGAAAUGGGCCACUUCCUCCGCCACCACCUCACUUUCGUGUACCUCCAAUGGGGCCACGUGGAAUGAGGGGUGGUCCCAUGAUGCCUCCACCGCCCCCGAAUGGUCGUUUCGUUGGACCUCCAAUGGGACCUGGCCCGAUGUCUCUUAUGCAACGACCGCUACCCCCAAUGCCCCCGAUGCGGGGCCCCAUGAUGACUCCAAUGGGACGCAUGAUACCACCUCCGCUUAGAAACCGUGCAGAUGGUCCUCCGAUGAUGAGGCGUAACCCUAACGGUAAACUUCUGCCUAGUCGAGGUGGAAAAGUCACAAAGAUAACGGCUCGAAAUGUUAUUGUCAAUGGUAAGGGACUAAAAUCUGUGGCCAAGAAUCUGAAACCAAAAGUACCUGCGAAACCACGCGAAGAGUACCCGCUCGACAAACCAUGGAUUACGGAGGAAAUCAAAGCGGAGCAUGAUAAGAAGGUUGAGCUUGCCGACCGGUUGAAAGGCAACAAGGACGAUGCGUUGUUUGCUCAAUUCAAGGAACAGCGGGACAGGUUUGUGAAGAUGUACGACGCGGCGAGACUGGAGUUCAUCGGGAAGCACCCGGAACAGGACGUUGAAAAAAUUCUGACCGAGUCAGGCAAAAAUGACAAAACCGAUAUUCAAAAACCUAACGAUGCAGUUUCUACUGAUACACCUGCCGCUACAUCUACUACUACUACUACUACUACUGUCACUACUGAAACUACUGCUAGCGAAAGCGAUGCUGCAGUUACUUCUGUUUCCUCCGCCUAAAGAUGAUAGUUCCAUUUUUUUUCUCACUUGUCAUGGCUGUAGCGUUAGUAAAUAUGUAACGAUUCCUCGCGCUCUUGAAAUUGUCAAACCGAAAGCCACAUGGCGGAGGAAACGCAGAUGUCACAGUCCUCGGGAGAUACAAAGAAGCCUAUUUUACGCAGAGUAUGCGAGCGCGGUAGUAUUGCGCGAGCCUCAACUAUAGUGCUCUAUGCUGCAUGUUCACAUGAGGGAUCCGUUUCCCAAGUUUUAAUUUUAGCGAUAACGAUAUGCAAACUACUAAUGUAUGAACUUUGUCGAUUUUAACAGUAAUUAUGAGUAAUGAUUCGGAUCCAAUUAAUUCAGAAGGCAGUGUAAAUUUUUCUUGAGAACAAAGAAUAUUUGUUUUGUGCAACAUAACUUACAACAUUCUUGAAUCAUUGAAAGCUUAUUCCGAUAAGAGUUUGUAACAGUAAUACGAUUUUCUUAAUUGUAGAAGAGUGAAGCUACAAAAUCAAUUGUUUAUCUUAAUAAUACAUUGCUUCGGAUGCUCCCAUAUAAAGCCUAAUUGUUUAUUUCGUUCUUGAAUUACCCGUGCUAAAAGCUUCAGAAAAACUCGCUUCACUCGGCGUAAAAAUAAGAAAGUAUAUCAAUACCACAUUUUAACGAGUAAAUAAUCAGCAUACGUAGUGGCUAAAUCUUUGAAUGUAGUUUACACUUUUAAAUAGAUAUAUUGAAUAGCUGCAAUGCAGGCAACCCAUUUGAAUUUACCCGAAUAAACAGAGUAUAAGAAGUAGUUCUUUCUGUGAAUAAUGUGCUGAAUUCAACUUGGAAUAAAUUUUUAAAAAUCACGCGUUUGUUUUAUCGUUUAUUGCAUAGGGAUCAGUUUUUUUUUUACAAUAAAUGAUGUUUUAAAAUUAAAGCUCUGAUUCACAUUGUAUUGUUCCACUCGAAACUUGUAAACCGUUAUGUACCCGAGAAGUAAUAAAUGCAAUUUUAUUUCGAUCGAAA